AUGGAUGAGCCCUAUCCUCGGCUGCAGGACGGCCGCUACGACGCACACCUCGACCGACGCAUGACGAUGAACGAGCUCGACAUGUCGUUCUCGCUCUUGAACCCGGAGAAGUCCAACUUCCUCGCGAGCCUUCUUUGCGCCGUCCACGAGUCGUACCAGACGCAGACGCGCAUCAUGAAGCGAUGGAAGGACGCCGAGCUCGAGCUGAGCUUGACGCAAGAGAAGAACCACGAAGGCGAUGUGCAAGAGCUCAUCGACGUAGGGUGUCUUGGCUGCCACUUGCAUGUAACUUGCCCUCAUAUAGGUCAUUGA